AUGGUGAAUAAGUUGGAGUUAUUCAGCAAGAACGAGACCCUCGAAGAUCUCUCAACUGCCUCUAUUCGCUACCUCACUCUCCCUGCCUUCCUCGGUUUUUUCACAAGUCAGAAGUCGGAUAGGGAAGACCGAUUGAGUAAUCUGAAGCUUGCGCAGACGUUUUAUGAAGAGUUUCUUGACGUAGCCGAGAGCUACCACAUUCCCGACUUACCUGCGCGCCGGCCUCAACUUGAAGCUCCUGCUGGAGGAGAUCAAGCUGCCAGGCCACAAAUCGCGCGCAAAGAUCCAAAUGCAUUGCGUGAAGAGAAAAUUAGGUCCUUCAAGGAGAAGAGGGCGCUGGAAAAACGUCUCGGGAAUUUUCUCGCUCUGGAUUCUUCAAAUGUCGACGAUGAAAUUCUGCGAGAGGAGAGCCUGGCCCUGGUGCGUUACUGGGCCUACACAGCGGUAGAGGAGCUGAGGCUAAUUACUGAAGAGAUGGCCAUCGUGUCGCGUUUCAACGCCUCGGGUGUUGUGCCAGAAAAGGACAGUGAGACCUCCAAACCUGACGCGAGGCCGCGUCAGCCCCCCUUGCUCAUCACUCGCGAGCGGAUUCGUGCUGCGGUCUUCGGAGCCGGCUACCCCAGUGUGCCCACCAUGACCUUGGACCAGUUUGUGGAUCUUCAAGUGCGUCAGGGUCUGAUGCCACCACCGCAGUCUAGGGGUGACCGGUCUGUCGGUAGCUCCGACUGGCGGCGCGUCGACCCCACCGACGAUCAAUCGCUGGCGGCGGCGGAGGAGGAGAAGGCGGCGCGGGAGGACGCCCUCUCGGACGCCCAUUCCGAGGCUCAGAGGGCGCAGGCGCGUGAUUUCGAUGCCUUCAAGGACGAGCAUCGUCGGGGCUCUGGCAACCGUGCCAAUCGCGCCUAA